UAUUGGGGAUCGGAGAGACUGUCUGAGUGACACGUACUAUGGAUGCGCCAGCAGCACUAUACCUCGAUGGUCCUCCAACAACGGAUUGGUGGACGAUGGGUCUCGCGACAGUUUCGAUGACCCCGGUGGCAUGGACCACAUGGCGCCCCACUACAGGUCCCUGGACCACUCACCCACAGACGGACUGGUCUGCGGGAAGGCGCGCAAGAAUAAGGAGGACAAGUACUGCGGCGUGUGCGGUGACCGGGCGUUGGGCUACAACUUUGACGCCAUCUCCUGCGAGUCGUGCAAGGCUUUCUUCCGCCGGAACGCGCCCAAGGGACUUGACUACUUCAAGUGUCCUUACGAGGAGAAAUGUAAGAUGGACGUGUCCAAUCGGCGCUUCUGCAAGCGCUGCCGGUUACGCAAAUGCUUCGAGAUAGGCAUGCGUAAAGAGUACAUCCUCACUGACGAGGAGAAGAUGAGGAAAAGACAAAGGAUCGAGGAGAACCGUCAAAGAUCUUCAGGAACGCAGCCGCCUUCCUGCAAAUUCCGCGAGAUCGACAGAAGCAAAAUGCAGAGCAUGGACAUCUCGUCGUCCGCGGCCCCGCGCCUGCGCACCCUGGAGGCAGAGGAGGAGCUGGCCAUAGACGAGAUCGUGCGUGCUUACCACCAGAGCCUGGAGAUCUGCGUGGAGUCUGAGGUGUCUCGCAACCGGCCCUCCAUGACGGAGCUGGUGAACAUCGCGGAGAUCAGCGUGCGCCGCGUCAUUGACAUGUCCAAGAAGAUCAAGUCGUUCAAGGCGCUCUCACAGAUGGACCAGAUCUCCUUACUGAAAGGUGGCAGCAUCGAGCUCCUCAUCAUCCGCUCGGUCAUCACGUUCGACCGGGACAAGAUGCAGUUCCUGGACCCUUACGACAAGGAGAAGUACGCCAUGACCACAGAUCAGCUCAAGAUGGGCCAGGGCUCGGGGUUGUUCGAGGAACACAUGCGCUUCGUGAAGAGCCUGGCUGUGGACCUGCAGGCGGACGACACGGUGCUCAUCCUGCUGCUCAUGAUCGCGCUCUACUCGCCGGACCGGCCGCAGGUUACAGACAAGCACUACGUGGCCGAGGAGCAGGAGCGCUACGCCCUCCUCCUCUUGCGGUACCUCGAGUCGAAGCACCCGCCGCACGUGAUCCGCUGGAUGUACCCCAAGCUGCUCAUGAAGCUGACGGACAUCCGGAACCUGAACGAGGAGCACUCGCAGGUCCUGCUCAAGAUCAACCCGGACGGCAUCCAGCCGCUGAUGAAAGAGGUGCUGGACCUGAACGCCGAGCGCAACAAGCUGGCCAAGAGCGAGAACGAUCACAACUCGCGGAUGGAGCAGACGCAGCAGCAGGAUAGCCCCGUGGGCUCCCCGUCUCCCCAGCCAGCGGCGGCGGCGGCAGCCAGUUCGGGGGGAGAGCAGGCUGAGUGUAUGACCAUCUGCUAACCCCGGCCCACACUCCUAGUCCCGACACCUCACUCAACCCCGCGUCUCAAAAGAAAAAAAAAACUUUUAAGAGAAAAAAAGCCCAACAACCCUAUUAGCAGUUGUAACGUGUACACAACUAUGUACAUAAAGAAGUUUUGAUUUUUUUUUUAAACUCAGAACCGUGGCCUGAUUCGAUAGAAGUGACGGGCUGUAUACAUAACCUGCACCAAAAGUUGGUACUUGUACUUCAACAAUCAUUAGUACCGGCACCAUUCUGAUCGUCCUAGUGGCCGCUCUCUGUACAACAACGUUGUCUCUCUUGGUGGGAGGCAUCAGCUGCUGGGCCCCCGUGGGAGGCCUUUGUUAUUUUCACCUGUUGGCUGAACCAUAUCACCGUCCCCCGCACACAGGUUUAUUCAGGGAGGGCGGCCUUCACACCCGCGCACGGAGACGAAUUGUUAUGGUCGUGUACAGCAAGAACCUGAUCCCGCGUCUCUGUAUGUCGUGACGGCCUUGACCCCGUGCUGACCUCACGUUGAUCCAGGGCAGCAAAGGUCAGGGUCGGCCACAUCUUGCCAUGGGGACCCGCACUUCCAGCUGAUUCAGUAUUGAACGCUUUUCUAUGUUAACACAAAGAAGAAAACUGUAUUAGUAGAUUGAGGAAAAAAACCAGAACGAGGGUUGAUCUUUUAGACCGAGAACUGACUCCACUCUAGCGCUGAAGAUGGUCGGCGCCCUCGAGCUGCCGGUCAUUGUGAGCACAGCGUUGUGUUUGGCGUGGUGGUCACGUGGUGAAGUCUAGCAAUGUCGGGACACAAACAAGGCCCCUGUUUCGGACGGAUUGCGCUGAUCUGCAUUCUACAGGUUGCCACCACGUUCGUCCAGUCUGCGAUGGAGUCGCUUGUUCCAGACGACACGAGGUUUUUCUGGACAUGACGUCAGCAGGCCAACAGGACUCACUGCCUAGUCUCAGAGCGUUUGUGUGUCGUCUGCCUUAUUUGCAUGAACGCAUAUAUAUGCUCUCCCCUCUCUCUCACUCUCCCCGCAUCUGGGUGAACUCGAGCGCGGCAGCAGAUGCGCGCAAUGUAAGACAACUGGCCUCAUUUUACCCUGUGGGGACAACCAGUUCCCCGUGAAGACCCCCCACGGGCAAGUGUUGCCAACCCCCACCCCCAUCCCCCUCCUCAGUGACCGGACAUUUUUGUCUGUUAGAUCUCUGGCAUCUCUCGCGAACAGCGCGCGACUGCAACCUCCCCGACGCGACCAGCUUGCAAUGAUAUGUACCCCUCUAAUGCGACCGUCCCUCGUCUAAGCCUUGUCUUGGGCAGGCACUCUCGAGUCUAGCUCCAGGCCACAAGAAGGCCCAUGCUCACGCACAUUCAUCCCGGUAUUUUUGUAACGUUCUAUUUCAACUAGGUUCCAAAACCUGUCUCUUUUGGCAGUAACUAAGUACCGCUUGGAGACAAAUCUCGACCUUCAGCGCAAAUUGCCCCCCCCCCCCCCAAGCGAGUCAGGUGAGCAAUCGCUAUUUACUGUUGUUUGGGGGAAAAGGGAAACACUAGUUGUACCCCCCUGUCGCUGUCUGAUAUCUUCACAGCUCCGGUGACUUGACGCUCCCGGCAUUGCCUUUUUACUGCACAAUGGUUUACUUUUCCCCUUUGUCAUUUUUUAUCCGUUGCUACUGCUGUAUGCUCUUUUAAUUUUAAUGUGCGUCCAAAACUGGCAAGAUUAUUUAGUAUUGCGCAGAUCUGUUAACUCAGUAAUCAGUAACUUUUACCUACAAACUAAAAAAAAAAAAACGUUUAAAAAAA